UUGAUCUAUUAGACAGUCGAUAUGGAGCGAUAUAGUUCAUAAGACUCGCCAGCUUUCGAUAAAGAAAAAUCUCAAAAAGUAUAAAAUCAGUGUUACCAAAAAUUCUAAUAUAAAAAUUUGCUUGAUUUGAAAAUAUCCAAUUAUGGUUUUAAAUUUCUGAAAAUAUCGAAGGGAGCUGAGAUUGUAUUAGGUAACGCAUCGAAUUCGAGAAAAAAUGUUGAAAAUUCUCUCUAUUCUUUCCAUCUUAAGUAUAUCAAUUCUACCAACAGAAAUGUUACGCGCGACAAAAAAAUUUCGAGGUUCCAAAUUCAACGAGGUAUUUUUCAAAUUCAGAGAUUCCAAAAUAGUUCCAGAACACUUGAUGUCUCCACCUCCAGAUAGGUUAAAAGUGUAUUUUAAGAAUAAGACGAUUUCAAUCAAUUUAGGCAGCAUGUUACCUCGAGAAUACAUGAAAGAGCCGCCAGUUAUUGAAUUUCCUAAACUUCAAAGAGGGUUUUAUACGUUUAUUAUGCAUAAUGUAGACGCCGUAGCCAUGUACAAACAAAAUGACAGAAACUGGAGGCCUUAUAUUGUGGUCAAUAUUCCUGGUAGUAAAAAAUUGACAGGUGAUGGAGAACCUAUUACUCCCUAUGGUGUACCUGCCUACCCACAUUACAAACCUCUAACCCGAGUUGCAUUUUUGGUAUACGAACAACGGAGUAACAUGAGCUAUGACGAGCUUCGUGGAAAAGAAUUACCUCCCAACUUUCAUUUAGAAAAUUUUGCCUCGAGGUUUGACCUACUAAGACCACUAUUCGGUGAUUUCUGCUGGGUUCGUGAAGAUUUUCUACCAGGUCAAAAAGUUCCUACACCUACGUUGGAUGAUUAUUACGAAGAAUCAGGGACUGAAUCCAUCGACACAGAGAGCCCAAUCAGCAUUCAAGAUGAGUCGAAAGAAGGUUGAAUUUCCUCUAAAACACGAUUGAAACCAGCCAAACUAGGAUGCUUUGAUGAAAUUGAUAUCAGUGUAGAUUAGAUAGGUAACCUAAUAAAGGUCAUUUGUAAUAUUUUUAACCACUUUGCUCAAUUAUUACGUGUAAAUAAAUUUGUAAAAAUAAAAUCUGUGUAGACAAUA